GCGUGAUGACGUCUUUGGUUUACGUAAGGACGGUGCGCAACUCCUUCUGGGUAACUGUUACGUGUGUCCUGCGCGUUGACAUUGUGCUAGCGAGCUGACAGAAGAACUUGUCUCACAGGGCAGGAUGGGAGCCUCGCUGUCCACACCUGCUGCUCCUUCAGUCAGGGCGGAGGCCAUGGUGGCCACCCCCCCUCCCGGCUGCCCCAUGCACCAGGAAGCCCAGCCUGGCAAAGUGACUCCACCUCCAGAGUGCCCCAUGCAUCAAGCUCAGCCUGUGAAAGCGUCUCCUCCUCCAGAGUGUCCGAUGCACCAAGCAGAACCAGGCCCAGCUCACCAGGAACGGGCCUAUGAGUUUGUGGAGUGUCCCAUGAAGGCGGCAGAAGGCAUGAAGAGUGACAUCGACCCAGCAAAUAUGAUGCCUCCCCCAAACCAGAAACCAGCUCCAGACCAGCCCUUUGAACUCCCCUUGUCCAGACAGGAGUCCACUAUUCCUCGCCACAACACAGGCAAGAAGUGGGUGUACCCAUCGGAGCAGAUGUUCUGGAACGCCAUGCUGCGGAAAGGAUGGCGCUGGCGUGAAGAUGACCUUGAAGCUCAUGAUAUGACCAACAUCAUUAAAAUCCAUAACCAGAACAACGAGCAGGCCUGGCAGGAGAUCCUGAAGUGGGAGGCCCUGCAUGCAGAUGAGUGUCCAUGUGGGCCCAGCCUGAAGAGGUUUGGGGGCAAAGCCAAGGAGUUCUCGCCCAGGGCUCGCCUCCGCCACUGGAUGGGCUACGAGCUGCCAUUUGACCGCCACGACUGGAUCAUCGACCGCUGUGGGAGGGAGGUGCGCUACGUCAUUGACUACUAUGAUGGUGAGAUCAACAAGGACAACUACCAGUUCUCCAUCCUGGAUGUACGCCCCGCCUAUGACUCUCUAGGUGCUGUCUGGGACCGAAUGAAGGUGGCCUGGUGGCGCUGGACCUCUUAACAGACUCUCUCUCUUUCUCACACACACACACACACACACACACACACACACACACACACACACACACCCACACACACCACACACACCACACACCCACACAAGAAAGGGACUCAGUCAGUUAGUUUGUUCUCGCUGUAUGAAUCUGCAUCUGGCUUCAGUAGAACUUGUGGCUUUGCGUUGCAUUUCACAGCUUCCCUCUGCUCUCACUUAAGAUGGAGCUAUAGGAGCAGCGGCUCACCUUCAGGCUGUUUGUCCCAUACACUCGUGCUAGCUCGGCUCGGCUCGGAACAGCAGGGUUUGCAUCUCCCUGACGACAGGGCUGUGUCUUUAACGGUCUUCUCUUGAGUCGAUGACGUUUAAAAGCAGCGUGCUGAUCCGCGGCUGUGACUAGUAGUCAGACACACUUCAUUUCUUUUAACUUCUUCACAAUAAAAGUCCCACAUAUGUUAUUUUGUGAUUGAAUAGCUUUUAUUAUGAAGCAGCAAAAUUAAGAAAUGUUGGGUCUUCUUCAGCAGUAACACGGCUCAUCAAACAGUAAAAUGAAGCAGAUAUGUGAGCGUACACCCAGACGCAGCGCAGACAUUCAGUAAGCAGCUACAGACGUCCUGAGACACUUUUAAGGGUGAGGCUCGCUACCUUUUGGGGGAGAGAAAGGGGGUCAACGCAGUUCACUUGGGGGCAUAUCAGGCUCACUUUGGCCCCACUCUGGAGACCGUGCGUCUCGGCUUGGCGCCUUUAAACUGGUAAUUAAAUCACAAAUCACCACAGCAUGGUUUGACUCUGCACAGCCAGAAGUGGCAGUUAAAAAGAAUUCUGUGGUGCAUUAUGGGAAAUGUAGGAUCCAAUAAUUUGCAUCUGACGGGGACUAAAAGUGCUUCUGCUGCUUCCGUUGGGAUCUCAUACGGCAACUUUAUACCAAUCUACGAGAUCCCCCCCCCCCCUUUAAUUUAAAGUGAUUUCUGUCCGCAUCCUGUCACGUGACUGGCGUGUCAGAGAGCUGUGAGAGCGCCGCUAGCUGUGGCUACAUGUGUGUACUCUGUAAUGGCCCUAGAAUGUCUGCUGGAUUCCUGUUGAUGAGCUUGCUUUGACAGGUCACCAUGACAACAGCGUAUAUAUUAUAUAUAUAUAUAUAUAUAUAUAUAUAUAUAUAUAUAUAUAUAUAUAUAUAUUAUAUUAUAUAUUUUUUUUUUUUUUUUUUUGCCCUGACUGAAUGCAGGUCGCAAAUUUAACAGUUUUCUCACUAUGUCCUCAUGCAGCAUACUUCAUAUACUGUAUUCAUUUCCUACUUCAUCAUGGCUGUAAAAGACAAUGUCAAAGUCUAGUGAACCUGCAUUGUUUAGGAUAUUGUGACAUUUAUUCUGCAAAUUUAUUCAAACUAAGAACCCUUUUUGUUGCAUUGGUAUUCCGAUUAUUUAUUGGUUGAUGAAUGAGUGCUAAACUGUUUUUUCUUGUAUGUAAUAAUCAUUUUAUUAGCUCUGGUAAUCCAUCAAUAAAGCUGGUCCUGA